CCGCCGCCGCAGCCGCCCGCAGCCGCGGCAGGACCGGCCCGCGCGCUCCCCGGGGUGCGCCCCCCUCGGUCCCGCGCCCUCCGGGUUCGCAGGGACACCCUCCUCCCCGCGCGUCGAGGCCCCGCCCGGCUCGGCCCCCGCCCCGCGCCCGAGCGCGCCGAGGAUGUGAGUCCUGCCCGCCGCCUCCGGAGCAGCAGCCACUCGCGCGCGGAGCCCGAGCGCAGCGCAGCUCAGCUGCGGGCGCUCGCUGGGUCGCUCGCGCGGGCUGCGCGCUCCUGCCCCAAGCGGUGUCCCCCCGGCCUCUCGCCGGCCCCAGCGCCGCGGCAGCCCCAAGGGCCGUCCCCGGCCGGCCAUCCCCGGCCCCAGCGCCGCUGACCCUGUCCUCCGCGGGCGGGGACGCGGGCGGAGGAGGUGCCGCCUCGGAGCCCCCGGACGCGACCAUGUCGGAGGUGCUGCCCUACGGCGACGAGAAGCUGAGCCCCUACGGCGACGGCGGCGACGUGGGCCAGAUCUUCUCGUGCCGCCUGCAGGACACCAACAACUUCUUCGGCGCGGGGCAGAACAAGCGGCCGCCCAAGCUGGGCCAGAUCGGCCGGAGCAAGCGCGUUGUUAUUGAAGAUGAUAGAAUUGAUGACGUGCUGAAAAAUAUGACCGACAAGGCACCUCCUGGUGUCUAACUGCCCCAAAGACAAUGAGUUGAGGGAAAGAGAAAGAAGAGUGCGGGCCAUACAGUUCUUGGCAGAAAGCAUGAGGAGGAGAAAGCACUUUGAAAUGUAUUAUUAGCUUGCUACCUACGAUGAAAUCAACAACCUGUGUCUCACGUCAGGCCGGCAGACAGAUGAGGUGUGAGGAGAAGGAGGAGGAAGAGGAAGAGGAGAAGGCUCUGGGCUCCUCUACAAAAAUAAAAGUAAAAAAAAAAACACAAAAAAAUCACUAUAUACACACAUAUAAAAAAAGUCUCAGUUGCAGCUAUUUGUCAAAAUUAAUAUGUUUCUUUUUAUAUCUGGUAAAUAUUGUGCAAUUAUAGAUCUGGAGUUUGAACCACUUCCUGAAGUAGCACCGAGUCCUUGAAGGUGCUUGUGGUCUCUGCUGAUUUGGCUGUUCCCAAUGUUUACAUUAUUUAAUCUUGCAAAAAUGAUCCUGUGCACUUGGAUGUGACAUGCUGUCCAGUUUUAUUUUUUUAAAUUGUUGUUUAUUCUUGGAUGUACAAAAGAAAACCGGGGAAAAUGAUCUCUGUAGAUACUGUUUUGCUUCGGUCACCUUUUGAAGUUAUCAGCAAUGUGUUUAAGAGCAGGAGGUAACUUCUGUAAGGAAUGACGCUUCAGGCGAAUCCUUGUCUAUUUUCAAGAGAUGAAGGGCACAAAAGCUUGUGUUUUCUUUGUUGCAGUGAAGCUUGUUGCCCAGGUUAACUCCAACAACACGUUUUCUAUGUCUGAGAGAAAAAGAAAAAAAGAAAAACAAAGAAAAAAAAAUGCUUGAGCUUUUUCUAACCUCCCCUUGGAGUCCCUUGUGUGAGCCCCCCCUCUCUCCUUCUCCAACUUUGUGUCACUUGAUUCUCUUUAAUGAACUGUAAAAAAACAAAAACAAAUGUAAUCACAAGAGUGCCAAAUAUCUUGAAACGCCAAAAGGCAUUUUGGUUUCUUUUUCCCUGUGCUCUGAGUCCUUGUACAGGAAUGCUCGGAGUGUCUUUCCUGUUAUUUAUAGGGGUUCUCUUAAGACUCGCCAGCUGCCUGUUUUGCAUGGUAUUUGCAAAAAAUGCCUCUUGCGUGAGGAAUCUUUGACCAUUUUAUUUUAUUUUAUUUCCUUUGGUUUGUUUGCAACUUUGGAUCUCAAGAGGUCCCCACCCCCAGCUCCUUCUUUUCUUAGUUCUGUAUUCUGUAAUGUUGCACCUUGAACCAGCACACAGGGCUAUUUCUCCGAUGUACAAUAAAGAACUCUUCCUGUGUCUCCUCUC